AUGUCUGUUGCUGGGGCGUGGCCAAGCCGGGGAAUAGGCGGGUCCGUAGGUAGCCGAACUCUUUUCGCCUUUUACCCGCGGCAGCAUCACGUCAUGUCGGAUAACGUGAAAAAGCCCAAAUCGUCUGUUUUACUGUAUUUGCUGCUUGCCGUUACUGCAUUGGUCCUACUAUGUGCUGCCACUAUUGUGUAUUUGGCCCUUGGGAGUCGAACUCCUGAACCGAUCCAUGCUGGGAAUGCCACCAGUUCGUCAUUGUUCCUUGUUCCGAACAUUACGCAGCCAAGUAGUACUGUCAGUACUACCCGAGCCACCACGCAACCACCUCAAACUACUCAGAGGCAGCGGAUACGACCUACAACCUCUGCAAAUCCCACCACCAGAGCAACAACAACGCUCACCGCAGCAGCUAUUACGCCAACGGAUGGUCCUACAACGACUGAAACCGUUACGGUAGCCGUUUUGCCUAGUACAUUACUUGAGCCGACUUUCACAACAGAAGCUACAAGUACUACGGAAGUGUCAACGAGUCCCACAAGCACCACAACUUCGACGACAACCACAACUAGCAAAACGAUCACAUCAACGCCUUUCAUCGACGAGAAUGCCAAGGUGAUUGACAAGUGUUCACUGGUCGUCGCCGAACGUGUCACCUGUCCAAAAACGCGAGACGAUGUGGUGACACUCUCGCCGUCUGCGUUCUCUCCACUUCACUACGCCUUGAAUCUCUCGGUACAGACCGUUCAGCCUACCGUUAUCGAGGGUGAUGUGCAGAUUUUCAUCCGCGUCAAUGAGCAAGGAAAGCAG